CUGACGUAGCACGGAAGCUUGCACGUGCGAGCCGGCGAGCAUUAUGGCGGCCACCCGUCUCCUUGGGGCUUCUCGGAUGUGGACCUACUGUCAGCGCCGGGCUCUCCCGGUUCCCGGAGGACCUGGAAGACCCUUUGUCAGGGACUACGCCAAGAAGCCAGUCAGCAAGGGCAGCAAGGGCAGCAUGGCCACUGAGGCCCUGAAGGACCCCGAGGUGUGCACAGACCCCGCCCGGCUAACCACACACGCCAUGGGGGUCAACAUCUACAAGGAAGGCCAGGACGUGGCCCUGAAGCCAGACUCGGAGUACCCCGAGUGGCUAUUCCAGAUGAACCUGGGUCCCCCCAAAAAGCUGGAGGAGCUGGAGCCCGAAUCCCGAGAGUACUGGCGACUGUUGCGCAAACAGAACAUCUGGCGUCACAACCGGCUGAGCAAGAACAAGAAGCUGUAGUUCAGGGAUGGAGCCUCUCACGGGAAGCUGCCCCUCGCGGGCCAGCACAGGGCUCAGCGGGGAAAGGGGCUUGCCACCCAGCUCAAGACCUGAGUCCAGUCCCCAGAGCUGGAGCACGGUGGAAGGGGGGAGCCGACUCUGUCAGGUGUCCUCCAGCCUCCCAUGUACACCUUUGCGAGUGCCAGCCGUACGCAUGGACGCACACUAAAUGAACAAACGUGAAAAUAAACGUGAAAAAGGCA